UUUCUCGCCUCGCUUCCCUCCUCGAAGCUUUUUCCCUCUCAUUCUCUCUUUCCCGCUCUCGAGCUAAGCUUCCCCCUCUCGCCCGAAAUCAAGCUCCCAAAAUGGGCAAAUACAUGAAGAAAUCGAAGAUUACCAACAACGACACGGAACCCACCGAGCCGACUUCUCUGGGAGUUCGCACCAGGGCCGCUAAAACCCUAGCUUUGAAGCGGCUCAAUUCCUCCGCCUCUGAUUCCGCUUUAGCCGGAGACUCUUCUCGCUACCUUCAGCUCCGCAGCCGCCGCCUCGAGAAACCAAUGGCUUUAACCGAGCCGAAACAGCCGCCGAGAAUUAAGGAGUCUGGCUCGAAGGGUCGGGUUAGCUCCGGUUCGGGCUCGGUUCAUGUAGACGGAGAUGAUUGGUUCGGAAAGUCUGAUGCUUUUUGCGGAGAGAACAGUCCUGAUUCUGAAUCGAGACAAAGCACAAGGGAGAGCACGCCUUGUAACUUUGCUGAGGAUCUGGAGAUCAUUGUUACACCAGGGUCUAGCACAAAGUCGAUGCGUACAGCAACCAGAGAUUGCAUAAGGGACGGAGAUAGCUCUGUCCCAUCAACUAGUGAACUAGAGGAGUUCUUUGCCUAUGCAGAGCAGCAACAGCAGAGGCUGUUCAUGGACAAGUACAACUUCGACAUCGUGAAUGAUGUGCCCCUCGCUGGACGCUACGAGUGGGUACAAGUCAGUCCAUGAAGUGCAAAGGAAGCAAGCUCCAGUUACAUGGUGUGGAAGUAGAAUGUGGUGAAUUUAACAGACUAACCGAACAUCAAAAUCCUUUUAAAAAAGGAGUGUAAUCUUAAGUAAUAAUGCGGUUAGAAAACAAGUUGGUAAAAGUAGAUUAGAGACCUGAACCUCACACCAUUUGUACUAAUCUCUUUUGGUGAUUUUAGAUGCUUAGUGAAUUUGUUUGCUUCUCUC